AUGGAGACCUGGGCGCACAUAUUAUUCGAGUGCCCGUGGACUUUUCAGGUUUGGGCCAGGUUAGUAGAUUGCAGUUUUCCCUACAGGCUGGCUUAUUCAAUUCCCCGUGAUAGCCAAGCUCUGGAAUUUAUCGCUCAUGCACCGGCGGGUAUGCGAUUUGCCCUUUGGUUUAUGUGGCGGGAACGUAAUAACAGGGUGUUCGAAAAUAAUCCUAAUUCUCCCUUUGUUGUAGUCAAGGAAAUUAUAUCGUUCUUCCAAUGGUGGCAGGAUACUCGGCUGCGGGCGGAUAGGUUCAAGGUUGGGGCUAGUCAUGUCAAUAUGCCGAAAGCUGUUACUUGGAACCCAUUUCACUGUACGGUCAUGAUCUUGCAUACUGACGGUUCGUCCAUGGGUAAUCUGGGUCCAUCCGGUUUCGGAGCUGUCUUGCGCAAUCACGAGGGGGUGUGGAUUGAGGGCAUUUCAGGGAAUAUAGGUAUUGCAGACAAUACUUUGGCCGAGGUGAUCGCAAUUCUUGAAGGGUUAGCAGUGGUUCGGAGGUGUACAUCUCUUACAUGUUACUCGAACUCGCAAGAGGCACUCCGGUUGAUUACCACGACAUCCGUAACUAAUCAUGUUAUCGGGGGUCUGAUCAUGAACAUUAGGGACAAGAUUAGCUCGAUCUAG